UUUCACUGCAGAACGCGAUUCUUAUCCUGCGUCUCUGGGUCACGUGGUCCGCGUUAAAGUUUUGCUGCAAGUGAAGAGGAAACAUGGCGCUGCCGGUUAUCAAUUUAAAGAUGAUCAUCUUUGUGCACUGGCUUCUAACAACCUGGGGCUGUUUGUAUUUCUGGCUUCCAGAACCGUACAUCUGGAGUAAUUAUGCUGUUCUGGCCAUUGGGGUUUGGGCCAUUGCACAGAGAGACUCCAUUGAUGCCAUUUUCAUGUAUUUAGUUGGCACAAUAAUCACCAUCCUCUUGGACAUAAUCCACAUUGCAAUCAACUAUGAGAAAUUCAAUAACAUCAAUGUACAGAGGGAUCAGUUCCGCUUCAGUGUUGGUAUGGCCAUUUUGAGCCUCCUCCUGAAACCAGUUUCCUGUCUCUUUGUGUAUCAGAUGUACAAGCAGCGAGGAGGAGAUUGCUAUAUAAACAUUGGUUUUCCAGGUUUAUCUGGUAGUCGAGAUCGAACUUCGUACCAGACCAUUGGUGAGCAGGAGCCUCACCACCAGCCUACUUCCUCAUAGACAAAGAUUCCUGUCCUGCCCUAUUAAUCUAUUUGCAAUAUGCUGCCAUAAGGAAGCUUAUAUAAACAUCUUGUGCCUUGGAUUCAGUAGCCACCUGGUUUUGAAUGCUUUGAUCAAAUUGUCAGUAUUUGGUGCCCUGGACUUCUGGUCAUGCUUAAGUCUUCCAGUUGGUAAUGUCGCAAUGAUGAUCAUUCAGGGUAAAACAAUACUCUUCUGACACAUAUCUAUCUGGAAUUUGAAGGUUGUAGAUUUUAAAAUCUUAAGGAUAAUUCUAGUCCUGGUGAACUUAAAUGUGGUUAUUAAGUCACAAUUCAUUAACUGAUUUUUAGAGUAUUACAGACUUGAUUAAAUGAAAGCUUUUGGAAGCCUGAUGGAUAUUUAAAGCUAGUGCUCCUGGUGUAGUGAUACUUCGCAUUAAUGACUGAAAGGUUGAAGAUAAUUGGCUUUGUUCCUUUAUUAAAAGUUUUUGGGAUGGCAGACACAAUUGCUUUCACUCUUACAAGCAGAGAUAUUUCCCUAAUAUGUCCUUCUAUAGUUGAUAAAGCUUCCUGAAUGUUAUGGAUCCCAGUUGCAAAAUAGUUUGAGGACUUGCGCCCUAUGAAAAUUGAGCUUCUGAAGAGGAGCAGGUUUGGCUCUUAAUACUGAAGUAGCUUGGUUAGCAUUUGUAAGUAUGGUUAAUUGCACCCUCCCAUACAUAAGAUUUACAGUUAAAUGGCAUUUAGCUGACAGGUACAAAUUCAGAAAAUACUGGGAAAUCUCAGCAGGUCAAGCAUCAUCAAUGGAAAGAAAAAUGGUCAAAGUUUCGGAUCGGUGACCCAAUGUCAGAAUUCAGCUGACGGGGAUCUCUCCACCAGUGGCUUACUGAACUAAUGUUGUGAAUCAACUUCUGAAGCAUAUGGUUGUGUUUAAAAAUUGUACUAAUAUUGGGCAAUUUAAGUUUUGUAAUUCCUAUAAUUUUGACUUGGGGGGGGAAAUGGUAGAUUGUCUCCUAGGAUGUAAUACUGCUCUGAGUCUGACUACUGACAAUAAUACUGUGGUCCCAUGGUUUAGGCAAACCAUGGUUUGUAGGGCCUUUUGUGGAGGGAGGAGUUGGGGAUUUGGAGAUCAUACGAGCAUCAUACCAGGUGAUGUGGGAUCUUGCUAUUUGCAAUUGAAGUUGCAAAUUUGAUUUAACUGGUUUAUAACAUUUGGAGGCAGCAAACGGUGAUUUAAUUUGCUAAAGAUCUUGAGAUAACACUGCAGCAAACAAAUGGUGUGCAGGGCCUCUGAGGCUUUCCUGUCCAAAAGAUGGGACUUGAAUUAUGUUUACACUUCAAAAGCUUUCUUUUUCAUAAAUAUGGAUUAAAAUGAGACCUUUAAUUUCUUGUACUUUGCAAAGUUUGACACCUUUAAUUUUGCACAACUGUGAAUGAAAGGAGCAGAAAGUAACUGAAUAGGACCGGACCAGUGCAAGCAAUUAACAUAAAACCACAUUACUUACUGCAAAUGGAAGGGUAGACACUUGGCUCAUUUCUCACAGUGGUCAGUCUUCCUGUCUCACUUGCUAACUAAUGCUAUUGCCAUGGGAACAAAAAAAAAUACAGAUCUCAGUUUUAGCCUUGGUGUUUCUGGGUGAACAUUUAGAUCCUGAUGUGUAACUCAGUCUGUUUUGUGCCAUUUGUUCUGAAUCAAGUGCCUUGAUUUUGUUAGAGUACUUGAUGUAAUUGUGAAAUAUUAUUGCCAAUAAAUUUUAUUAAAAUUAACAGAC